AUGAAGUGCCAGUACCGGAAAAGGUGUGGCCGGAAUUAUCUAGUAUUUUUUAUAACAAUAGUAUUAAUAAUCUCCGGCGCCGGAGCAGGUAGGGCGAAGAAGGUAAAACUCGUGGAGAACUUUUACCGAUCAAGUUGCCCUCCGGCGGAGUAUAUAGUGAGAAGUGUAGUCAACCACUUUCUCUCAUUAAACCCUGGCCUCGGCGCCGGUCUUCUUCGUUUGCACUUCCAUGAUUGCUUUGUUAAGGGUUGCGAUGCAUCGGUUUUACUAGAUUCAAUAACCGGACAACCACUAGUAGAAAAAGACCAUCCAGCCAACAAUGGCAGUUUACGUGGCUUCCAAGUAAUCGACGCCGCCAAAACAAAACUCGAAACAACAUGUCCAGGAAUCGUUUCAUGCGCCGACAUCCUCGCUUUCGCCGCACGCGACAGUAUCUACAAACUCGGAAACAUAUGGUACGAACAACCUUCCGGUCGCCGUGACAGCACAAUCUCUCUCUUAACCGACGUUUCCGGCAACCUCCCUCCUCCUUUCUUCAACGCCACCCAAAACGCCGCCAUUUUCGCCAACAAGGGUUUCAAUGCCGUCGAAAUGGUAACCUUAUCAGGUGCACAUUCAAUUGGGAUCGCCCAUUGCAGUUCGUUUGCUAGCCGAUUAUAUCCGACCGUCGAUCCGACGAUGGAUCGGUCGUACGCGGCGGUUUUGAAGAGAAUUUGUAAAGGAGAUAUGGCGAAGACGACGGUGAAUCAGGAUGGGAUUACGCCUGAUCGUUUGGAUAAUAAGUAUUAUGUGGAUUUGAUUGGUAAUAAGGGUUUGUUUGUUUCGGAUCAGAGUAUGUUGAUUAAUGAAUCGAUGAAGAAGGAGGUGGUGAAGAAUGCUAGGUAUGGUUCGGAUUGGUCGAGGAAAUUUGUUACUGGUAUGGUGAAAAUGGGGAAACUUGGGGUUUUAACGGGAAAUAAUGGAGAGAUUAGGUUGAAUUGCCGUGUCAAGAAUACUAAUUAA